AUGGAACUUUUUUCCAGUCAGAACCAAUUCAUUCCCAACUACAAAUGUGACAUCCUGAACAAUCUCAUAUCUGUUCUUGGAACUCUUGAUCCUGAAUAUUCUUUUACUAUUGAAGACAUUUUACGCAUUUAUAAGGUUCCCCAGUUCCUAUAUGGCCCUCCUCCAAGUAUGAAUGGUAAAACUGAUAUCCCCUUCUAUUACCACAUGGUUCCAGGUGAAGACUUAAAUUAUAGAGGAAUUCUUCAGCUACUUGUCCAUUUCAGGUGGACCUGGGUUGGGAUUCUUGUGAAAGGAGAAGUUGGAGCAAAAUUUGAACAACUGAUAUUUUCAUGGUUUUCUCUCCAUGGUAUCUGUAUUGCUUUCUUAGAACAAAAACUUGGGACAAUUUAUAUCAGUAAUGUGGAUGAUGGUCUGAAAUGGUUUGUGGAGACAUUUCAUCUUUUUACUAACAGCAAAGCUAAUGUUGUGAUAAUCAAUGAUAAAUAUGUUUUACAUUUAAGAUGGUUGUUAUAUCUACCUGAAAUGGAAAUGGUUUCUAUAAAACCAAAAGGUACAGUAUGGAUUGUGGCUUCCCAAAUCAGUAUUGCUUCAUUCUUUUAUCAGAAAAGCUGGGACAUACAAGUUCUCCAUGGUGCGCUGUCCUUUGCAGGUUACUCAAAUGAGGUUGAAGGAUUCCAACAUUUUCUUCAGACAAGAAGCCAUUUCUCAUUCUUUCCCCAAGAUGGUUUCAUUAAAGAUGUAUGGGAACAUGCAUUUGGCUGUGUAUUUCCAGACCCGUUUGUGAAUCAGGAAACUGAGGGUAUCUGCACCGGGAAAGAGAAACUGGAGAGCCUUCCUGGGGCUUUUUUUGAAAUGAGGCUGACCAGUCCCAGUUACAGCAUAUACAAUGCAGUGUAUGCUGUGGCACAUGCUUUACAUGCCAUACAGGUGGGUCAACAACCACAUAGGAGAAGGUUGAGCAUCAGGAAACCUAAUCUUCAGGAUGUACAGCCAUGGCAGCUUCACUUCUUUUUGAAAAGAAUUGCAUUUAACAACAGUGCUGGGGAUGAAAUUUCCUUUGAUGAAAAAGGAGAACUGGUUACAGGACUGGAUAUUGAGAACUGGGUCACAUUCCCCAACCAAUCCUUGCAUCGAAUGAAAGUUGGGAAGCUGGAUCCCUGGGCUGCUGAAGACCAAAUGUUCACCAUUCAUGAGGAAGCCAUCACGUGGCCUAGUGCUUUCAACCAAACACGGCCUAUUUCAGUGUGUACUGAGAGCUGCUCCCCUGGUAAUUUCAAAAGAAAGCAGGAGGCAAAGCCGUUUUGCUGCUAUGAUUGUCAUCCAUGUCCCAAAGAGAAAAUAUCAAGCCAGAAGGACAUGGAUGACUGUUCCAAAUGUCCAGAUGGUCAAUAUCCAAAUAAGAACCACGAUUCAUGUCUUACCAAGAGAAUUUCAUUCUUAUCCUAUGAGGAACCAAUGGGAAUAUGUCUACUGAUUCUGGCACUUUUCUUUUCUGCCUGCACAAUUCUGGUUCUGGCAACAUUUUUGAAACAUCACCAAACUCCCAUCGUCAAGGCCAAUAACCGAAAUCUCACCUAUGUUCUACUUAUCUCCCUUCUCCUCUGUUUCCUUUGCUCACUGCAGUUCCUCAUUGCACCAGGCAAUAUAAUAUGUCUCCUCCGACAAAUUAGCUUUGGCAUCAUCUUCUCAGUGGCCGUGUCUUCUGUGCUGGCAAAAACCAUCACUGUGGUUCUGGCUUUCAUGGCCACCAAGCCAGGAUCCAGGAUGAGGAACUGGGUGGGAAGAGGUCUGGCCAUCUCCAUUGUUCUUACUUGUUCCCUGAUUCAAGCUGGCAUCUGUACAGUGUGGCUCAUCACAUUUCCUCCUUUUCCUGACAUUGACACACAUUCAGAAAGGGAAGAAAUCAUAUUGCAAUGCAAUGAAGGCUCAUCUACCAUGUUCUACUGUGUCCUGGUCUACAUGGGCUUUCUGGCAACUGCCAGUUUCACAGUAGCAUUUUUCUCCAGGAAUCUCCCCAGCAGUUUCAAUGAAGCCAAAUGCCUCACAUUCAGCAUGCUGAUCUUCUGCAGUGUUUGGAUCUCUUUUGUUCCAUCUUACCUGAGCACCAAAGGCAAAUACAUGGUGGCUGUGGAGGUUUUCUCCAUUUUGGCCUCCAGUGCAGGGUUGCUUGUCUGCAUAUAUUUCCCCAAAUGUUAUAUUAUCAUCGUUUUGCCACAUCUUAACAAUAGAGAACAACUAAUUAAAAGAAAAAGUUAA